UGCUGGAGCGCGCGGCGGCCGCUGAGGCAGAGCGGCCGUUGGCGCGGCGGGUGGCGGCGCUCCGCUCGGCUCACCUCACCGGCUCCGUCUCUUCCUUUCCUUCUCCUUCCCCGUCCGACCGCCGAGAGAGAGACCGGGAGCCCCGGACACCUCCUUCCGCCUGCCUCCCCUUUCCUUCCUGCGGAAAUAAUGAAAAAAGCGUGCCACAACUCUUGAUCAGAGACCUGAAAUUUGAGAAGAAGUCAUUAGCUAAGCUCAUGUUUUCUCCUGAUCAAGAAAAUCAUCCAUCAAAAGCACCAGUGAAGUAUGGUGAAUUGAUCGUAUUAGGGUACAAUGGGUCUCUCCCAAAUGGAGAUAGAGGAAGAAGAAAAAGUAGGUUUGCUUUAUUUAAAAGGCCCAAGGCAAAUGGGGUGAAACCUAGCACUGUGCAUAUUGCCUGUACCCCUCAAGCAGCAAAGGCAAUAAGUAAUAAGGACCAACACAGCAUCUCUUACACUUUGUCUCGGGCCCAGACAGUAGUAGUUGAAUAUACCCAUGACAGCAACACAGAUAUGUUCCAGAUUGGUCGAUCAACAGAGAGUCCUAUAGACUUCGUUGUGACAGAUACGGUUCCUGGAAGUCAGAGUAAUUCAGAUACGCAGUCUGUGCAGAGCACUAUAUCAAGGUUUGCCUGCAGAAUCAUAUGUGAACGUAACCCUCCUUUUACUGCGAGAAUAUAUGCUGCAGGAUUUGACUCCUCUAAGAACAUCUUCCUUGGGGAGAAGGCUGCGAAGUGGAAGACAUCAGAUGGGCAAAUGGAUGGACUAACCACAAAUGGAGUUCUUGUUAUGCAUCCCCGUAAUGGAUUUACAGAGGACUCCAAGCCAGGGGUGUGGAGAGAGAUAUCUGUGUGUGGGAACGUGUUCAGCCUCCGUGAAACCAGAUCGGCUCAGCAGAGGGGAAAAAUGGUUGAAAACGAAACUAACCAACUCCAGGAUGGCUCUCUCAUCGACCUGUGUGGAGCAACGUUGCUGUGGCGCACUGCGGAGGGGCUUUCACGCACUCCCACUGUCAAGCACCUGGAGGCGCUGAGACAGGAAAUAAACGCGGCGAGGCCCCAGUGUCCUGUGGGGUUUAACACCUUGGCAUUUCCCAGCAUGAAGAGAAAAGAUGUUGUAGAUGAAAAGCAGCCAUGGGUGUACCUGAACUGUGGCCACGUCCACGGCUAUCACAACUGGGGAAACAAAGAGGAGAGAGACGGCAAGGAUCGAGAGUGUCCCAUGUGCCGCUCUGUCAGCCCCUAUGUGCCUCUGUGGCUUGGAUGUGAAGCUGGAUUUUAUGUGGAUGCAGGACCUCCAACUCACGCGUUCAGCCCAUGUGGACACGUGUGCUCAGAAAAGACAACUGCUUAUUGGUCCCAAAUUCCUCUUCCUCAUGGUACUCACACUUUUCAUGCAGCCUGUCCGUUCUGCGCGCAUCAGCUGGCUGGUGAGCAAGGUUACAUCAGACUCAUUUUCCAAGGACCUCUCGACUAACACACGUUACCAAGGACUGCAGUAAUCUAAUAAGCUAAGCGAUUCUGAUUUUUAAACCAACUGUUUUUCGUAUUCUCUGGGCUUUGCUGGUUUGCAUUACGAUGAAGAAUUUUUUGUUUUUUUGUUAUGACAGCUAAAUCCCUCUCUAUUGAGAAAAGUCUGGAAAUGGAAGAAACAGGGGUAGGAGGGGAGAAGUCCUGCUUCUUUAGUUAAUAACUCUUUCUGAAGAGCUGAAAGAAGUGUUACAGAGUGAAUUUAAAUGCCUUCCGUUUAAUGGUUUUGAAUCACAUGCCCACAGUGUUUCAAAGUUGUUUCUUUCUUUUUGUAUAUGGAGGGUAAAUAGUUCAAAAAACAUUAGUUUACAGCUUGGAUGCAAACAUUGUAAAAUAUAAUGUGUAUAUUAACUCUUUUCUAUUUAUCUUUAUUAUUGAAAAUAUGUAGAAUGUGUAGAGUAGCAUGGUCAUAGUGUGUUACAUCCAGCAAUUGGAUGUGUAGAGUAGCUCUGGAUGGAGAAGGAUGUGAGAUGGAAAUGGUAGAAAAAUCUUUUUUUAAUCUACAGUACUGAGUUCUUAGAAUAGUUAAAAAUGCUUUUUAAACAAAGCUAAUGCAAAUUAUGAUGGCAUAAAAGUGUGCUUUAACCAUGUGAAAGGUAGCUAAGAAGGACUUCUUAAAAUGUCUUUUUGGUAGGACUGUACUUAUGAUCUGGUUAUGAAGAAAAUAUUUACCAGACUCUUUGAAUAUGCAACUUAGUCUAGAUUAAGGGUUUUUUUCUCCCUUCAUGCUAACACAUCUUUAUUUAGCAUUAGUGACAUUUGUGAGGGUUUUCCAAUGUUUAACCAUUAACGAACUUGAAAGAUGAAGCUCACUUUGUUCCUUGCUGGCUGGGGAGGCGGGGAGAGGUGGAUGUGCCCACACCACGUGUGUGGGGAGCAGUUUGUGGAUCGGCCACGGUGAUUUCACAGCUCGUGAAAGGCUUGUCAGUCACACCUCCUGCCUUCAUCUGGCCUGCAGCAAACUGGCACGGUCAGGCACAGGGGAGCCACAGGCUUCACGUGCUUGCCUUUACGCUGCUCCGAGGAAGGAGCUGGGUGCAGAUGCUCACCUCGGCCUCCCCUGGAACAAAGUAGAAGCCCAGUACCUCCUGGAUGCACCCCUGCAUCCUAGCAUCUUCGUGCACUUGACACAAUUGGCAAUCUGUUAGGGAAGAGUUUGAGCUGGGCCUGGGCUGGACUCGUGGACCACAGCGUGGGAAGCUCGCGUGUGGUCUGCUCUCGGGGUGGCAGGCUCUGGCUAGUGGUCUCUGCGCUCUCUUUUCCCCACCCUUCCUUUCCCUUCUGUAUCCACCAGAAAAGGCCAGUGCACUACAUCCAGCUUUGCUGCUAACCCACCGUGCUUCAUGGCAAAUACACAAUCUGACUUUUUUUUUAGGAUUGAGUUGAGCUUUUUUGGGCCAGCUUCAUACUUUUUUUUAAUAUGUACUGUAUAAUUGACAGUAGCAAAUUUCUGUACUUUAUAGUGUAGCUUUAAUUUUCCUUUUCAAAGCUGUUCUAAACUUGGUUUAAAAAGAGACGUAUGUUGCUUAGAUGUCAUGAAUUAUUUGCUUUGACUGUCAAUUGUUUCUCCAUUUUUAAAAAGAAAUUAUAUAUAUUGUUUGGUUCACUCAGGAAAUGCAUGUGUCAGGAAAUCUGUAUUAUAAUUUCAGUUAGCUGUCAUGUACAAGUAACUGCUGUUACUCCCUUUUCAUAGAAAUAUAACUGAUUUUGACAUUCUCCAGAUUAUAUGCAUUAAGUAAUGAAACUUAUGCAGCAAGAAACCCCUGUAUUGUAGUUGUUCUAAUCAUUUUAUUCAAACUAUAUUAUACUGUAGUUUAAUUUUUAUUUGCAAAUUAAUUUAUUCAAACUAUGUGAGUAAACACUUUUCAAAAAUAGAGAUUCUGGGAUUGUCUGUUGCUUUGUUCCCAAGAGAUGGGAAAGGUGGCUGGAGCUGACUCUUCUGUCACUUGAGGUGUGUGUUCUGCACAUGUGGAUUAAGUUCACAAAAAAUAACUGAAGAGUUUGUAUGUUAUUCUGGUCAUUGGAUGUGACCUUUCACUGUGUUUUCUGUUUAACUCUACAUUAGCAAAGGCAAGGUGGUUGCUCAAAUGGAUGUCGUUAAAUGAUCUUUUCCCUGGGUAGGUUACGAUUAAUGAAAUGUAAGCAAAAACUUCAGUCAGAUGGCUGGACUCUUACAAAACUUCAGGAGCUCUUGAUUUCAUCGUCCACGCAAUCGGAUUGACACAUCUUCUCUGUUUGUGAUCUUGCUGAAUGCAGGGAUGUGAAAAGCCAGAAAAGGAAAUGAUGAAAGCUACAAAGCAGGAUGAGUAAUGUAGAGAUGAACUGUGAAAACAGAUUGAGAAUUGGACUGUAGUAAGCACUAAAAGCAGCGUAUGCACCCUGUGUUGGAGGCACAGCAUGGAGCCAGCGGUGCUGUUGCCACUGGGUACACAAACCUUCAGCUGGAGAAGGAAAGAAGAGCGGUUCAUGCCCAACACACAACCAUCACUAAGCCUGUACCCUAUUAAGAUGAUUUUUUUUAUGCUUCCAUUAUAUUUCACCCCUUCCCUAAAAAAAAAAAAAAGGAACACUGCAUAAGAAUGUGUGGUCUCAGCAGAACCAGCUGUUUUUCCGGGUAGCAUUAUGCUAAGGUAAUGCUACCCAGAGCCCUGUACUCUGCCACACACUGCCUGGUGUAUGUUUUCCUUGACCCAAGGUGGGCUUGUUAAUCCUGUCUUUAAAUGGGCAGAACGUGGGCAUUCAAAAGCCUGAGACACGGAAACCCCACUGUCGAAAGCAGGAUAGCAGUGGUUGAGUAGGCUGAGGAACAAUUUCCAUAAAACAUGCAAGCUAACUAAAAGCAGUAGCUUUGACUGGUUCCCUAUUUAAGCUCCCCUCUGGGCUUCUGUUCUUUAAUAAACAAUUUAAACAGAAGGUCUCAUGCUCUAUAAACUCUAAAAUGAAUGCCAGAUUAAAAGUAAAAUAAUCCCUUUAACACAAACAGCUGACUAAAUCACCUUGAACUUUAAGGCCUUUUGUUCUGGACAGAUGUGGAGCUGAGAGAGGUGCGAGGGGAUGAGCCACUGCUGGCCGUGAGAUGAUUACAGCUCUGCUUGCUUAGCCAAAAUCAGGCCCUUGUACUCAAUAACCAGCCCCAAACGAAAUCUGUGGCCUUAACCUGCUUUCAAAGAUGUGCUCAGAUGGGAAGAGGCGUCGGUGAUGCAACUGGCAAACGGUACACGACUGUUCCCAGGGCGAUCACUGCAGCUAUGUGGCGCUGAUGGAGGAAUGCAUGUGGAAAGGAGGCAAAUGCAGGCCUUUUUCUGGCCUUGGAGUUUUGUGGAAAUCUGCGGAAGUGCAACUGGAAACCGGCAAGUAGCUUUCUGCAGUUGGUUUGUGCAGCACCGCUGUGCUCUGUGCAGUUCUUUGUGAGCUGUGUAAUGCGGGUUACUUAAUGAGCUGAUUUGCUUUCACCUGUAGGAAGUUGCAUGGAUUUAAUAUGGUAACAGGCAGCAGCUUGGUACAGCAGCUGGCCACGGAAGGCCUUUUGUUUCCAAAGCAGAAGUGGGGCAGCCCUCGGUGCGUUGACUCAGGGCAGGCAGAAGCACGGUGACUGGGAGGUGGUUGGGGGCUUUCCCUGGGAAGGCUGUGGGUAGCUGGGCACCUACGGAGCGCUGUUCCCUUGGCUGACUCAGCCACUAGUUUCGAGCAGCACAACGGGUGCGUGGUGUGGCCGAGACACGUGGUGCGGGCUGGGGAUGAGGUUUUUCUAAUCCCGUCUGUACCAGGCUUGUUAUACCUGCAGGAAUGAGGCCUGCCUCCUGACAAGUUUCAUGAUGUGAUCCCUGUGAAGUCACCCUGGCAGUCCUCCUGCUGCACUUGAAGGUGCUCUGCAAAUCUCGUUAUGACUCUCCUGUGGCACGCUUUAUCUCCUUCUGAACAGAGAGACCCUUUCCAGGUCCGAUUCUAGCAAUAGUUUUUGCAAUAUAAAGCUAUUGGGAUGCCUACAGUUAUCUGCCUGCACUCCGUCUUUCAAAAUGGAUUAAGUGUGGCUGCUGUUGAAUUUCCUGGCAGAUUUCCUGGCCAUAGUCUUAGCUUGUGCAAUCCCUGCUUCAUUUUCGGGA